ACGACUUUCACCCACUCCCCGACCAUGUCAGAACACCUCAACAGUGAAGAAGCAGACCUCCUCGAGUCCGCGCUCUCUACAGCCUUCAGCCCUGCGGCUUUGCCUCGCCAGCCCGCUGUGCCUCCGCCGGCAUCUGAACCUGAGCCCACACCCGCACCUGCGCCUACCUCGGAGCCUCAAGCAGAGCCCUCUGCACCAUCCACAGAGCCCGAGUCGACGGAGCCCGUCUGGCAGGAGGAGUAUGAGGCCCACGUCGCUGAAUGGCGUGUGCGCUCGGCAGAGCAGCGCCAGAAGGCAGAGGAGCAGCGCGCCAGGUGGGAGGCCAUCCGCGCGCAGGAGCGGGCAGAGGGCAAGGUCUCGGAGAGCGUGCUGAGCCUCCGCGAGCACGGCUGGGAGAACCUGAGCGCGAGCGUGACCACCGCCGCGACUGCGGCAGACUCCCCAAGCCCUGCGGACGCGAGGGACCUGGUCGCCGGAGAGGGCGAGGGCGGACACUCGAAGGAGUUCCUCGAGAGCGUCCUGCCGGGUGCCCACCCCUCGACCGCAGACGCGGACUCCCCGCCCGAAAACGAGCACUCGCAGCCCGCGUCCGAGCCGGACUCGAAGCACGAAAAGUGGGACGACAUGACGUCCUCGCUCACAUCGUCCUUCCCGUCCAUGUCCUUCCCGUCCGACCCGCACUCGCCCUCUUCGUCUGCUCGCCGCGACCUCGCGCCGCACGCGCACCACCACACCCACCACGCGCACGACGCGGGACACUCGCACGGCCCUGGGCACUCGCAUGCGCACCAUGCGCAUCACCACCACGAGGACGCUGAGGGCGCGCACACGGCGACGCUGUCCGUGUUCAAUGCGUCGCUGAGCCCGCGGACGCGCGCGCUCGCCCUGCUCUCGAGCGUUGCGAUCAACGUGUUGCUGCCGUUCGUGAACGGAGUCAUGCUCGGGUUUGGGGAGAUCUUCGCCAAGAACGUCGUUGUGCGCUGGAUUGGGUGGAAGCUCCCGGGGACGGCGAGUGCGGCGGGCCAGCAGGGGAGUGGGAGGGUUGCGACGAACGUCGGGCUGGGGAGGAAGUAGAUUUGGACGAGUCAUUUGUACACAUUAAACCCUAUUGCUAUUGCUACACGCCAUUAAUGGUCACCGUUGG